AUGUACACCAUUGUGACGAUCGUGGUCGCUCUGCUGGCGAUCAUCUUCGCACAAUCUAUCUACAACUUGAUCAACAAUCUAAAUGCCGCCCGGCGGUCGAACUUGCCACAUUUCAUUCUCCCCUUUGACCAAAACGCCUUUGUCUGGGUGGUAGCAUCAGUCCCGCUCCGGCCAUGGCUGAAGAAGAACUUGCCAGCAUGGUUGUACCAUCGCGUGGCGAUGACUAUCUACGGCUUCGAGUUCAGUGAGAAGCGUCGCAUGCGCGAUCCUACCUCGACGCCGCGUGCAGUCAACCAAAGGACAUAUGCCUUGGUCACCACUGGCCAUUUCGAGAUUAACACGCGAGACCCCGAAUUGGCUUCGGAGAUUCUGCGUCGACCGAAGGAUUUCCAGCAGCCGGAAAUUAUCACGCUGUUCCUCAACAAGUUCGGACACAACCUUCUGACGAGCAACGGUGAGGACUGGAGCCGACAGCGUAAAAUCAUUGCCAGCGCAAUCAACGAACGCAUCUCCAAGACCGUCUUCGAGGAAAGUGUACAGCAGACUCGCGGUCUCUUAGAGGAGAUUGUCGGGGAUGCACAGUCCGCGGACACCACACGUAUGUUUGACGCCAUGAAGAAAAUCACCAUCAACGUUCUCAGCGGCGCCGGCAUGGGUGCCAGGGUACAAUGGCGAGAAGACGUCAACGAGAAGCCGCGGCCUGGUUACAAAAUGACUUACAUCGAAGCAUGCAAGACCGUCAUCAACAACAUGAACGGUCCUAUCAUCCUGCCUUCAUGGUUCCUAGCAAAUUAUCCAUCUUCAUGGCCUGGACAUGAUUUGUUCAAAAGGCUUAGUUACGCGGUGAAGGAGUUCCCCAUUCACACCAAAGAUCUCCUGGCUCAGGAGAAGGAGAGAGCAGAGGCUUCUGGUGGCGAGGCACGAAACAAUAUCAUGAGUCAAUUAUUGCAGGCAACCAGCGCCGGAGCGGCAGAGAAGAAAGGUCUCACUGACGAUGAAACUAUGGGCAAUCUCUUCGUCUUUACCGCUGCAGGAUUCGACACCACGGCAAAUACUCUUGCGUAUGCGAUCAUGCUCAUGUCGCGGUAUCCCCAAUGGCAGAAAUGGGUCCUCGAGGAAGUCGAUGAGAUCAUGCCCAAGGAUGAAACCACGAAACUUGAUUAUUUGACCGUCUUUCCCAAGGCGACCCGAGUAAUGGCAGUGCUAUUCGAGACACUCCGUCUCUUCCCUCCGCUUGUCCACAUGACCAAAGAGACCAAGACGGCGCAAACACUCACGAGCUCCGCCGGCACGUACUACAUUCCUCCUAAGACGACUGUGUACGUCAACACGGUCGGUCUGGCGCUCGAUCCGGAAGUGUUCCGCAACCUCAAUUUGGCGGAGGGAGAGGUGCCAAGCAAAGACGACGAGCUCGCAUUCCGCCCAACAAGAUGGAUCAACGCGGCAGGAAGCGCACAAACUUUCUUUCAAGCGCCGAAGGGCGUCUUCAUUCCUUGGUCGGCAGGCCCACGCGUUUGUCCCGGUCAAAAGAUGGCGCAGGUCGAGUUCACAUCGAUUUUCUUGACCCUGCUGUGGAAGCAUCGGAUCGAAGCCGUGCCGAUCAAGACUGGGUCGGACAAGUCACAGGAGACAAGCUCCCAGGUCAACGCUAGAUUGGAAGCGCUGAUGUCAGACAGCAGCCCGAUCAUGACGUUGCAGAUGAACGGUGUAUAUGAUGUCGCAGAUGAGGUCGGAAAGGGAGUUCCCAUUCGCGUAAUUCGCAGGAAGUAA